GAAAAAGUGGAAAUCAUUUUUGUCCAACCUUGCUAUACGAGCGAGAAACAACAAAUCUUGUGUCAUUCAUUUGUGAUCUAAGAGUGCCAUUAAAAUGGUGUUUGCGUGGUUCAAGACCAUGAUUUCGCUCUCGCCCGACCAUAAGCUCACGAAGACAGCUUUAUUCACCCAAUGGGCAUCUUUAGUAGCAUACGGAGGCGGAGGACUAUCUCUAUUGUGUUUUCCUAAAGUUUGGAGCGCGAUUCUUGCUUUUGAAAUUAGCCAGACAGAUGAAGGAUUUAUGAGGAUGUCUGGUAUUUAUCUACUCGCUGUCGGCUUCUGUUAUAUCAUAGUCGCUAGAAAUGGUUCUUGCGUUGGGAAGCAGGGGCCUAUGUUGAGCAGUAUUUUCGAAAGACUUUUCCUGGUCAAUGCAGCCUUGUUGAUGUCAUUUCUUCGAGGUAUGGUACCUCUGUAUUUCGCAACACUCUUCAUGACACUGGACACAACUCUGUCAGUGCUUACACUUUGCAUUUGGUUCAAAGAAACUUCUCAUGCAUCGGCUAGGACCUUGGUCAAAGAGGUAUUUGGCUCAUUGAAAAAUUCUUGGUCACUUAACCAACGUGCGUUAUCAUCUCUGGUAGUUCAAAUAAUCGGGUUUUUACAGUUCAGUGGUGGUGCAGUAUUGAUGAUAUUCCCUACGCUCAUCGCCAAACCACUCAAGCUUCAACUAAACGAAGACCAGAACUAUUCAUUCCAAUCAUGUUGGUUUUUAUUAAUCUCAAUUCUCGGAUGGUUUCAUAUCUUUUCUGGUGGCGCAGAUCUUACAUCCUUUGCAAUAGCUGCCGUUUUCUACCGCGCGAGUUUUGCUGUUCCAUUACAAUGCAUUAUGUAUUUUUGCGAUCAACUGGAGCUAAAUUUUCUUUUAUUCGUUGGAUCAUUCGAGUGUACAUUCACCGCGGUUAUCAUUUUAUUUAUUCUUCUCGACAAAACAAAACAAGCGACAAGAAUACAAGUUUUACGACUGACGCCGGAGCCACUUGAAAAUGGAAGGGCAAUAGACAUCGUCACUCAGAGCACCACUGCUCAGGACUCAGUGAAAGAUCAAGGCGCGCUGUGAAAAACUUAAGUAAUUUCUGUUAAAACAACCAGUUCCAUCCGCUAAUUUGUGUGAUUUCGAAUGAGGACACUAAGGAAUCGAAUCUAAAUUGGUGGCACUAUUCCUCAGUAUGGGGGAGAAGGGAAGCGUAUUAUAUAUAUCGGCAUUCACUUCUACAUUACUCUUUUUCAUUUUGCAACU